AUGAAGCGAUGCCGGUCGGACGAGCUGCGGCAAGCCGAAGAGGAUCCCGGUGCCGCGGGAGAACCGCCCGGCCCUGUCGCCAUGGAGGCCAAGUCCGGGGAGGGGGCGGCGGCCCCAGAGGCGGGCGCUGUCCCGCCGCCGCCGCGCACCAAGCCCCCCGAUCUGAAGAAAAUCCAGCAGCUGUCCGAGGGCUCCAUGUUCGGCCACGGCCUCAAGCACCUCUUCCACAGCCGGCGGCGGUCGCGGGAACGCGAGCAGCACAACUCGCAGGACUCGCUGCCGCCGCACUACGGAGCCUCCGACCACGACUCCCCCGACGAGAAGGAGAGGUCCCCGGAGAUGCACCGAGUCUCCUACGCCGUGUCCCUGCACGACCUCCCUGCCCGCCCCACCGCCUUCAACCGGGUGCUGCAGCAGAUCCGCUCUCGCCCCUCCAUCAAGCGCGGCAGCAGCCUGCACAGCGGCAGCCGCCGAGCCAAGAGCGGCUCCCUGGAGCCCCAGAAGGGCAGCCCCCACCUCCUCCGGAAGGCUCCCCAGGACAGCAGCCUCACGGCCAUCCUGCACCAGCACCAGGGGCGGCCCAGGUCCUCCUCCACCACCGACACUGCCAUCCUGCUGGCCGAGAGCGGCGCUGUCUACCUGCUCACCGAGGACACCGAGGGCCUGGCUGAUAAGCUGGACAAGGGGGACGUGACCGCCCUCAACCUGCCCCCCGGUACCGCCGGGCACGGCGACGCCGAUGGCACCAUCUGCCUGGAUGUCCCCGAUGGCACCCCCGACCCCCACAGGACGAAGGCUGCCAUCGAGCACCUGCACCAGAAGAUCCUGAAGAUCACCGAGCAGAUCAAGAUCGAGCAGGAGGCUCGGGAUGACAACGUGGCCGAGUACCUGAAGCUGGCCAACAACGCCGACAAGCAGCAGGCGUCCCGCAUCAAGCAGGUCUUCGAGAAGAAGAACCAGAAGUCGGCUCAGACCAUUGCCCAGCUGCACAAGAAGCUGGAGCACUACCACAAGAAGCUGAAGGAGAUCGAGCAGAACGGCCCUUCCCGGCAGCCCAAGGACGUCUUCAGGGACAUGCACCAGGGCUUGAAGGACGUGGGCGCCAACGUCCGCUCCAGCAUCAGCGGCUUCGGGGGCGGCGUGGUGGAAGGGGUGAAGGGAGGCCUCUCGGGGCUGUCCCAGGCCACCCACACCGCCGUGGUCUCCAAGCCCCGGGAGUUCGCCAGCCUCAUCCGCAACAAGUUCGGCAGCGCCGACAACAUCGCGCACCUGAAGGACGCCUUGGACGACGGGCACCCGGAGGAGGCGGCGCGGGCGCUGAGCGGCAGUGCCACCCUGGUGUCCAGCCCCAAGUACGGCAGCGACGACGAAUGCUCCAGUGCCACCUCCGGCUCGGCCGGGGGCAGCAACUCGGGGGCAGGCCCCGGCGGCUUGGGGAGCCCCAAGUCCAACACCUUGGACAGCCACCACAACAACUUCGACACCAUCCUGGAGGAGCUGCGGGAGAUCAAGGACAGCCAGUCCCACCUGGAGGACUCCAUGGAGGACCUCAAGGCCCAGCUGCAGAGGGACUACACCUACAUGACACAGUGCCUGCAAGAGGAGCGGUACAGGUAUGAGCGCUUGGAGGAGCAGCUCAACGACCUCACUGAGCUGCACCAGAAUGAAAUGACCAACCUGAAGCAGGAGCUGGCCAGCAUGGAGGAGAAGGUGGCCUACCAGUCCUACGAGAGGGCACGGGACAUCCAGGAGGCGGUGGAGUCCUGCCUGACGCGGGUGACCAAGCUGGAGCUGCAGCAGCAGCAGCAGCAGGUGGUGCAGCUGGAGGGAGUGGAGAACGCCAACGCCCGGGCACUGCUGGGCAAGUUCAUCAACGUCAUCCUGGCCCUGAUGGCCGUGCUGCUGGUCUUUGUCUCCACCAUUGCCAACUUCAUCACGCCGCUGAUGAAGACUCGCACGCGCAUCCUCAGCACCGCCCUGCUCGUCCUCUUCCUCUUCUUCCUCUGGAAGCACUGGGACUCCAUCAGCUACUUCCUGGAGCAUGUCCUGCUCCCCAGCUGA